UGUAUUGUCCCACAAUACUUGGGCUGUGAGAGAAAGUCAUCCAUGACCUUUGAUAUUGAUUAAUUGUUUCGUAACAGUUAUAUUGACUGGAUAAGACUGUAGGAUGCACCCAGCUUUAGCUAUUAUAUUAGUGUUUGUGGGGUGCUGUUCGAAUGUGGUGUCACUAGAACUCGUGAUAAGGGAAGUACCAAGCUCUGGUAACUUCAUAACAUGUGCCCAGUUUGUGUUCAUUGCCCUGGAGGGCUUUGUUUUUACAACCAACUUUGGCCGUAAGCAGCCUGCUAUUCCUAUAAGGCAUUAUAUUACCAUGGUGGCUUACUUCUUUGUUACAAGUGUCAUCAACAACUAUGCAUUCAACUUUAACAUCCCUGUCCCUCUCCACAUGAUAUUCAGGGCUGGUUCUUUAGUUGCAAACUUAAUUCUUGGUGUGAUUGUGCUGAAUAGGAGCUACCCCAUGUCCAAGUACCUAUCUGUUCUGAUGGUAACAUGUGGUAUCUCCAUUUGUACAAUUGUAUCAGCACAUAGAGUAGAGGUGCAUCACACUGCAGCUACUGACCAUGACUUCUUCUGGUUAUGUGUUGGUAUUGCCAUGUUGAUCACUGCUCUACUACUUUCUGCAAGAAUGGGCAUUUAUCAGGAACAGCUAUACACCACUUAUGGAAAACACCCCAAGGAGGCCUUGUUCUAUGCUCAUGCCCUUCCUUUGCCUGGGUUCCUCUUACUUGUCAAGGACCUAUAUCGCCACGUUAUCAUAUUCAAUGCAUCAGAACCAUUUAUCCUGUUCGGGACCAGUCUCUUCAUUCCCAAGCUGUGGCUCUACACGCUCGGCAAUAUGGUCACGCAAUACGUGUGCAUCCGGUCUGUCUACAUUCUGACGUCAGAGUGUACGUCACUCACUGUCACGCUAGUGGUCACGCUACGCAAGUUUCUCAGUCUCCUGGUCUCAAUUUUCUACUUCAGGAACCCCUUUACUGUAUAUCACUGGAUAGGCACUGCUCUAGUAUUCUCCGGGACUUUAAUCUUUGUCGAAAUAUUUAGUAAGAUCAAACAGGUUUUCUUGCCAAUUAAGAAAGAAGAAAAAGUCGAGUAGUUAGUUUCCAGGGCCAUAGGAGGUGGGCACUGGGGGCACGUGCCCCCCAAUAUGUUAAAAAAUAUAAGGAAUUGACCAGUAGGGGCGAGGCUGUGCCCCAGAAUAUUUUCCUUAUGCUUUUGUAUUAUGCCCCCCCCCCCCAAUAUUUCGAGGCCCACUACGGCACUGGUUUACAUACCUCCUCUACAUGCAUCUAUCUAUUCAAAGCGAAGACUUCAAGUUUCCUAUAGCCUGCGUGCAGCCGGAAAUAGAAAUGGAACUAUUUUAUAAUCUGUUAUAAAUAAACAUUGUAUAUAUUGUG